AUGAGCGAUGGAAAAAAGAUUGAUUGGAUGUACGAAGGUGCAAAAUCAUCAGUAAAUCGAGAAGAUUACCUGCUUGGCAAGAAAGUCGAUAAGAAUUUCGAGAAAUAUUCGGAUGUUGUAAAUGAGGAAAAACCGGAACAAAUCGAUUCGCUGGUGAAGACGAGAACUGUUAUAUCAGCACAAGGAAGUGGUGGAUUGAAGAAGAGCACGUUGCAAACUGAAAUUAUUCGAUCAGAAGAUCCAUUUGUUGCCGUAAGAGUUCGAGAGGAGACAAAACGACGGGAAAUGAUGGAUAAUCCGUUGAUGAAGAUGAAAUUGCAGAAAAUGUUGAAAUCUAUGAUGAAUAGUUCGAAGGAGGAGAAAAAGAAGAAGAAGAAGAGCAAAAAACGGCGAGAUAGUAGUGAGGAGAGUGAUGAUGAGGAGAGACGCAGACGGAAAAGAUUGGCGUCGCCGAAAAGGCGAAGAAGAAGAUCGAGUAGUAUUUCAGACCAGAAAGGGAAGGGACGCAGAGAAAGGUGAGUUUUUGGCGGGGAAUUUGAAAAAUUUAUGAUUUUGGGUCGAAAAAUGACUAAAAAGCUUGAUUUUCAGCUUUUAAACCUGGAAUUUCAUGAAAAAUUCCUAUUUUCAGAUCUCCAGCUCGAAAAAGAUCUAGAUCUCGAUCUUCAUCACCGGAAGAUCAAACAUCAAGAAGAAAAUCAGUGGAGAGACAUCGGAGAGAGGAGAGACGCAGAGAAAGGUGAGUUUUUGGCGGGAAAUUUCAAAAAUUUAUGAUUUUGGGUCGAAAAAUGACUAAAAAGCCUGAUUUUCCGCUUUUAAACCUGGAAUUUCAUGAAAAAUUCAUAUUUUCAGAUCUCCAGCUCGGAAAAGAUCUAGAUCUCGAUCUUCAUCAUCGGAAGAUCAGACAUCAAGAAGAAGAUCGAGUGAGAGACAUCGGAGAGAGGAGAGACGCAGAGAAAGGUAAAUUUUUGGCGGGAAAUUUGAAAAAUUUACUGAAAAUCUUAAAAUUCAGCUCUUAAACCUGGAAUUUCAUGAAAAAUUUAUAUUUUUCAGAUCUCCAGCUCGAAAAAAAAGAAAAUUUGAAUUUUUUGCGUUCUGGACCUGAAAAUACAGGUUUUUAAUGAAAAUUUACGAUUUUUACAUGAAAAAUUUGAAUUUUUCGUGAAAAUCAUCAAAAUUCGAAUUUUUCAGAUCCCCACCUCGGAAAAGAUCUCGAUCUCGAUCUCCAUCAUCGGAAGAUCAAACAUCAAGAAGAAGAUCAGUGGAGAGACAACGGAGAGAGGAGAGACGCAGAGAACGGUGAAUUUUUGGCGGGAAAUUUGAAAUUUUUUGAGUUCUAGACCUGAAAAUCUGUACUUUUCACGUUACAGACCUAAAAAUCACCAAAAAUCUGCAAUUUUUGAAGCUCUAGACCUGAAAAUCGAUUUUUUCAGAUCUCCACCUCGAAAAAGAUCUAGAUCUCGAUCUUCAUCAUCGGAAGAUCAACCAUCAAGUUCUACCUCAAGAAAUCGCCGAAAUUCGGAUGAAAAUCCGAAAAUCGACAAAAAAUACGGGUUAAUUGAGGUAGUUUUUGGCAUUUUUGUGAUUUUCAGAUAAAAAAUGACUGAAAAUCCGAAAUUUUCAGAUGAGAAAACGCUCAAAAUCACCCGAAACUCCUCAAAAACCCACGAAAGAAUACAAAUUGAUCAAAUUCGAUACGGGUCGCGGGAAUAACAAGGCCAAACUGGAUAAAUCCAGGCCGGCGGGCCGGACCAAAUUAUCCGAUGAAGAAAAGGCCGCAAAAUUGCGAGAGAUGCAAGAGAAUGCGAAAUGGAGAGACGAAGAGAGGCAGAGGAAUUUGGUGAGGAAUCGAGAGGAAAAUGAGAAGGAGAAGAGGGAAUUGGAUGAGAAAGGAUAUGCGCCAAGUUUUAUCAGGUAAAUUAUUGAUUUUUUAUGGGAAUUAUCGAAAAUUAUCGAUUUUUAGUGGAAAAAAUCACGAAAAACCAUGUUUUUUGACCUAAAAUGAUGGUUUUAACGCAAAAAUCGAUAAUUUCUCAUUGGAGCGCGUUUGCUCGCCCGAAUUCAAAAAAUUAAUUGAUUUUUAUCAGAAUCCCUGAAUUUUGAGUCAAAUUUCCAUCAAAAAUCUGAAUUUUUGACAUAAAUUUCGAUUUUCCCAUGGAAAAAGUGUGCCAGGAUUGCAAAAAAGGGGCGUGGUCUAAUUUAUAUCGAUUUUUCAACCAGAAAUCCAUGGUUUAACGCAUUUUCUCAAUGGAGCGCGUUUGCUCGCCCGAUUUCAAAAAUAUUUCUUCCAGAAAUCAAAUGCGAGCCGCCUGUGAUGAUUUGACUGUGGAAAAGCAUAUUGCAAGCAAAAAAAGCGGAGUUCAACGAAGUCACGGAUAUAUGAAUCAGAGUUUUGCUCGAAAAUAG